GUCAAGAAAUCUGCCAAGAGAACGAUGCAUGAAGUAAACACUGGCACAAUGGAAAGACCACUGGAGGCUACCACGCUGGAAAGCAGCGCUUCUUCCUGCUUUCUUAUGGAGAGAAAGACUCGCAUCAAGAUUAACAGGAAACAGAUCAUGUUAGCCAACCUAAGGAAGAGCUGUUCCUGCACCCCAAGGAAAGUGAAGAAUUUUGUCAUUGACUUCUUUCCUGUUUUACGAUGGCUUCCCAAGUACCAGUGCAAAGAGUAUAUCUGGGGGGACAUCAUGUCUGGGCUAGUGAUUGGGAUCAUUCUGGUGCCCCAAGCAAUCGCAUACUCAUUGUUGGCAGGUCUAAAGCCCAUUUACAGUCUCUACACAUCAUUCUUUGCCAACAUCAUUUAUUUCUUAAUGGGUACAUCCCGUCAUGUCUCAGUUGGCAUUUUCAGCUUGAUAAGCUUAAUGGUAGGACAAGUUGUGGACCGAGAGCUUCUCUUGGCUGGGUUUGACUUGAAUGAUGAUGCCCCACCAGCCUUGGGUGACAGCUCCCUUUGGAACGACAGCCAAUCUAACACAACCACCUUCAAUCUCACUAUUGGUGGAACAACUGUUGAGUGUGGGAAAGAAUGCUACGCUAUCAGUAUUGCUACAGCCUUGACAUUUGUAGCUGGAGUAUAUCAGGUUCUGAUGGGAAUCUUUCGCCUAGGUUUUGUAUCUAUGUACCUGUCUGAGUCUAUGCUAGAUGGCUUUGCAACUGGUGCUUCUUUAACUAUUUUAACAGCUCAAGUGAAAUAUCUGAUUGGAAUAAAAAUCCCACGUAGCCAAGGGCACGGAAUGCUUGUAACUACGUGGAUUAAUAUCCUCCAGAACGUUUCCCAGGCUAACCUUUGUGACGUCAUCACGAGUGCCAUUUGUAUUGUGGUGCUCGUCACUGCCAAGGAAGUGGGAGAUCGGUAUAAGCAUAAGCUGAAAUUUCCCCUUCCCACAGAGCUGGUAGUUAUUGUUGUGGCAACACUGGUGUCACAUUACGGGAACCUGAAUGAAGUGUAUGCGUCCAGUGUUUCCGGAGCUAUUCCAACAGGAUUUAUUCCCCCCAAGGUACCGCGCUUUGACUUAAUGCUCAGAGUCGCUGUAGAUGCUUUGCCACUUGCCAUAAUAAGCUUUGCCUUCACUGUAUCCCUUUCUGAAAUGUGUGCAAAGAAAUACGCUUACACCAUUCGAGCCAAUCAGGAAAUGUUUGCUGUGGGAUUCUGCAACAUCAUUCCUUCUUUCUUCCAUUCUUUUGCAACCAGUGCAGCUCUGGCAAAAACACUUGUCAAAACAUCUACAGGCUGCCAGACUCAAGUCUCUGGAGUGAUUAGCGCAAUGGUGGUUUUGCUGGUGCUGCUCUUCCUGGCACCUCUCUUCUAUUCCUUGCAGAAGUGUGUCCUGGCCUGUAUCAUUAUUGUUAGCCUCCGAGGAGCCCUGAGGAAGUUCCGAGAUGUGCCAGUGCGAUACUAUGUAAGCAAGGUGGAUACACUGGUUUGGGUCGUUACUAUGUCUGCAUCUGCCUUGAUUAGCACAGAAAUAGGGCUUUUGGUUGGUAUUAUUUUCUCUAUGCUAUGUAUCAUUGUUCGGACACAGCGGCCACGGUCAACCCUGCUUGGUCAGAUUCAGAAUACCAGCUUUUAUGAGGAUGACUUCGAAUACAAAAAUCUUUCUUCUGUUCCAAAGGUCAAAAUAUUCCGUUUUGAAGCACCACUUUACUAUGCAAAUAGAAACUAUUUCCUGAAGUCUCUGUACAGAUUGACUGACUUAGAUCCUAACCUAGAAGCUGCUAAAAGAAAGAAAUAUGAGAAGGAACAGCAGCAAGUGAAAAAGGGAGAUCACACAACUGCUAAUGGACUGGGCAUGAGAGAAACCACUGUGCAACUAGUACCUAAGCAAAUUGAUUUCCAAGCCAUUGUUAUAGAUUGUUCUUCCAUCUCAUUUUUGGACACCACUGGAGUUAAUACCCUGAAGGAAAUCCUGAAAGACUACAAGGAGCUAAACAUUUCUGUUCUCCUGGCUUGCUGCAACCCCUCAGUAAUAGACUCUUUGCAAAGAGGUGGUUACUUUGGAAAAGAUUUUGGAAGCAUGCAGGAAUUGCUGUUCUACAGCAUACACAAUGCUGUGCAGUUUGCAAGAGACCUAAACCUUCCAGCAGACUGCUCUGGUGUUUAG